AUUAAAUAGAUAUAGCCUAGAACCCGUCGAUUGAGUAAUGAAUCAUGAUUCAGCGAUUAUUUAUCAUUGUUUGUUUUCUUCCUCUAAAUCAAGCUUCGCUGCCAUUGGUGAUAAACACAUGGCGCUUUGAGGAUGCAGCCGGCGCAGCCUGGAAGGCGUUGGAGAAGGGUAGCUCGGUUCUAGACGCGGUAGAGCGGGGCUGUGCGUACUGUGAGCUCGUGCAGUGUGAUGGGAGCGUCGGCUUUGGCGGGAGUCCGGACGAGCGCGGAGAGACGACGCUGGACGCGAUGAUUAUGAAUGGAGAUACGAUGGAAGUAGGAGCAGUGGCAGAUCUGCGCAGGGUCAAAAAUGCUGUGGGUGUCGCUCGAGCAGUGAUGGAACACUCAGAGCACACCUUCAUAGUGGGCGAGUCGGCCACAAUCUUUGCUCAAAACAUGGGCUUCACGUCUGAGGACUUGUCAACUAACAAAUCAAUAGCUAUUUUCUCUCAGUGGCUGCAGCAGAAUUGUCAACCCAACUAUAGAAAGAAUGUUUCUCCAGACCCUUCCAAAUCAUGUGGGCCAUACAAGCCCAAAGCCAAGCAAUGGAUGUCAAAGCACCCGAGAGGAAAUUUUGACCCCAGAUCUCAUGACACAAUUGGUAUGGUUGUGAUCGGAAGGCAAGGACAGGUAGCUGCUGCAACAUCCACCAAUGGAGCAACACAUAAGAUACCAGGCCGUGUAGGUGAUUCACCAGUGGCUGGAGCCGGGGCUUAUGCUGACAGCACAGUCGGUGGAGCGGCUGCCACAGGAGACGGAGACAUCAUGAUGCGUUUCCUUCCAAGUUUUCUAGCUGUUGAGCUGAUGAGAAAUGGAGCACAACCCACUGUUGCCUGUCGGACAGCCAUUAACAGAAUCAAGAAGUAUUACCCUGAUUUUUUUGGAGCAGUUAUUUGUGCUAAUACAGCUGGUGAUUAUGGUGCUGCUUGUAACAAGCGUCCCGGGUUCAGCCAGUUUCCCUUCAUGGUGGUCAACCCACUGACAAACCAGCCCGAGUUGCAUACAGUGAACUGCUUUUAAUUGAAAUCAUUUUGUUGUAUACUUGUAUACUAUGUCUUGUAAAUUUGAUUCAUGUAUCAUUGAAGUGUAUAUGCCUUUUGAUCCAAAGUGACUUUGCACUUUUUAAAAUACAUUCCUAAAAUGUUUUAAAAUCUUCUGAAAGAUCUGCGAAUCAGAUUAAGCUCUUGGAUGUUUUAUACUGUAUUUGAACUGCUACAUGUUUCCAAAUACACCAUAAUAAAUUGCCAA